GGAAAAGGAUGUCCCGGAUUUAACGAAUAAGGUUAUGAUUGUUACCGGAUCAAACACAGGUGUUGGCAAGGAAAUAGCUCAGGUUCUAUAUUCAAAGAAUGCCAGGGUUUACAUGAUGGGACGUUCUGAGGAGAGAAUGAAGAAUGCCAUCCAAAGCAUCAAAAAGGCAGUUCCGCAGUCAGCCGGUGACCUCACAUACAUUCACCUUGAUCUUGCGGAUCUCGAGACCAUCAAGCCAUCAGUGGAAAAGUUCCUAGCCAAGGAACAGAAACUCGACGUCCUAUUCAACAAUGCAGGCGUUGCGUUUCCAGAGAAGGGAUCCAGGACGAAGCAAGGAUAUGAACUCCAACUCGGAGUAAAUUGUAUCGGUGUCUUCGCCUUGACGAAGCUCCUGACACCCACUCUCGUUUCAACGGCGAAGACAUCGCAACCCAACUCUGUCCGUGUAGUCUGGGUGUCGUCAUCUGCUGCCCAGGCCGCAAACGCCAAGGGGUUCAUGAAUCAGGUAUACAACAACCACAAGGGGAGCUUGUUUGAUCAGUACUCUACUAGCAAGCUAGGGAAUUUCCUACAGUCCACCGAGUUCGCUGGCAGACACAAGAAGGACGGCAUCGUAUCCACCUCAUUGAACCCUGGUAACCUCGACUCCGACUUAUGGCGUACCCAAGGCCCGAUCACGACAUGGUUCUUGAAAACGAUGCUUUUAUAUCCCUCGAUUUAUGGAGCGUACACGUGUUUAUUCUCCGGGUUUUCGCCCCAAGUCUCCCUUGAGAAAUCUGGAAGUCACAUCGCUCCCUGGGGAAGGCUCAUGACUACUCCGAAUGCAAUGGUUGCUGCUUCCAAAAACAAGUCGGAAGGUGGCGCCGGAUUUGGGAGAGAAUUUUGGGAUUGGUCCGAUGAGCAGGUUAAGAAGUAUAUCUGAUUAGGCACUCCCCGGAAGUCGCGGAAUAGGUUUUUUCUCCUCUUAUUUAUACCUAUAGAAUGAGACUCACGAUUUGUAUUAUUCUCAAUUUCAUAAUUUUUUUUAGAGUUUAGAUAAAUCAUUUUUAUAGAGCGCAACAUAGACAUAGC